GCCUCGUCAGGUCCCGUCCCGCCGUACUCGGGCGCUGCGGGCGCCGCCCGCCGGUCGAAGCGCCGCCGAAGGAGCGCGGAGCUGUGGUGACCGUCCCGAGCGCGGCCCGUCCGCCUCUCCCGGCAACCCCUAGCCUUCCCGGGAACGACAACAACAAAGGACGCCGCGGCCGGAGGAUGUUCCCGCGGCGGGGGUACUGAGCGGCGCCUCGCCCCACUCCUGCCUGCGGCGGCGGAGGGAAGGGGGCCGGCGGGUGUCGCCGCCCCUGUCCCCUCGGCGCACCAGGUGUGAAGCCGGGGCAGGCGGGGAAUCUCGCCGCGAGAACCGCGCUGCGAGGGAGCCCCGCCGCGGCCGGAGCCAUGUUCCCCCAGAGCCGGCACCCCACCUCGCACCAGGCUGCGGGACAGCCUUUCAAAUUCACUAUCCCGGAGUCGCUGGACCGCAUCAAGGAAGAGUUCCAGUUCCUCCAGGCGCAGUACCACAGCCUUAAAUUGGAAUGUGAGAAACUGGCAAGCGAAAAGACAGAAAUGCAGAGGCAUUAUGUGAUGUAUUAUGAAAUGUCGUAUGGAUUAAACAUUGAAAUGCACAAGCAGACAGAAAUCGCCAAGAGAUUGAAUACAAUUUGUGCACAAGUCAUCCCAUUUUUGUCUCAGGAACAUCAGCAACAAGUGGCCCAAGCUGUAGAACGUGCCAAACAAGUGACCAUGGCUGAACUGAAUGCCAUCAUUGGGGUACGUGGCCUUCCAGGUCUACCUCCUGCACAGCAGCAGUUGCAGGCUCAGCAUCUCUCCCAUGGCCAUGGACCUCCAGUGCCUCUAACGCCGCAUCCAUCCGGACUUCAGCCUCCAGGAAUCCCUCCACUUGGAAGCAGUGCUGGCCUUCUUGCCCUUUCUAGUGCUUUGGGUGGGCAGUCUCACUUGGCAAUAAAAGAUGACAAGAAGCAUCAUGAUGCAGACCACCACAGAGAUAGAGAGCCAGGCACAAGUAAUUCUCUGUUGGUCCCUGACAGUCUACGAAGCACAGAUAAACGCAGGAAUGGGCCUGAAUACGCCAAUGACAUCAAAAAGAGAAAGGUGGAUGAUAAGGAUUCCAGCCACUAUGACAGUGAUGGGGACAAGAGUGACGAUAACUUGGUUGUAGAUGUAUCCAAUGAGGAUCCUUCUUCCCCAAGGGCAAGUCCCACUCAUUCACCCCGUGAAAAUGGUGUAGAUAAAACUCGCUUACUAAAGAAGGAUGCCUCAAGCAGUCCAGCAUCUACAGCCUCUUCAGGAAGUUCCACUUCCCUCAAAUCCAAAGAAAUGGGUCUGCAUGAAAAAGCCAGUACGCCUGUUCUGAAAUCCAGCACACCAACUCCUCGGGGUGAUGUACCAACCCCAGGCACUAGUGCAACUCCAGGACUUCGUCCAGGCCUUGGCAAACCUCCAACAAUGGACCCUCUGGUUAACCAAGCUGCUCCAGGUUUGCGGACACCGUUGGCAGUACCAGGACCAUACCCUGCUCCAUUUGGAAUGGUACCUCAUGCUGGUAUGAAUGGGGAGUUAACCAGUCCAGGGGCAGCCUAUGCCAGUCUGCACAAUAUGUCACCGCAGAUGAGUGCUGCUGCUGCUGCAGCUGCUGUGGUUGCCUAUGGAAGAUCUCCUAUGGUUGGGUUUGAUCCUCCUCCUCACAUGAGAGUACCUGGAAUCCCUCCAAAUCUAGCAGGGAUUCCUGGGGGAAAACCAGCCUACUCCUUUCAUGUUACUGCAGAUGGUCAGAUGCAACCAGUUCCUUUCCCUCCAGAUGCCCUCAUCGGUCCAGGAAUCCCUCGCCAUGCCCGUCAGAUCAACACUCUGAACCACGGGGAAGUUGUGUGUGCAGUUACCAUCAGCAACCCCACAAGACACGUGUACACGGGUGGGAAGGGGUGCGUCAAAGUCUGGGACAUCAGCCAGCCUGGCAACAAGAGCCCUGUCUCUCAGCUGGACUGCCUGAACAGAGAUAACUACAUCCGCUCUUGUAAAUUGCUGCCUGAUGGAUGCACCCUUAUAGUUGGCGGGGAAGCCAGCACAUUAUCCAUAUGGGACCUGGCAGCACCAACUCCUCGUAUAAAAGCAGAGCUGACAUCCUCAGCACCUGCCUGCUACGCACUGGCUAUCAGCCCUGAUUCCAAGGUGUGUUUUUCAUGCUGCAGUGAUGGGAACAUUGCAGUGUGGGAUCUGCACAAUCAGACAUUGGUCAGGCAAUUCCAGGGCCACACAGAUGGAGCCAGCUGUAUUGACAUUUCUAAUGAUGGUACUAAGCUCUGGACAGGCGGUUUGGAUAACACUGUCAGAUCCUGGGACUUGAGAGAGGGGAGACAGCUACAACAGCAUGACUUCACAUCACAGAUAUUUUCCCUUGGUUAUUGCCCUACUGGUGAAUGGCUAGCUGUGGGAAUGGAGAGCAGCAAUGUAGAAGUGCUACAUGUAAAUAAACCGGACAAAUAUCAGCUGCACCUUCAUGAGAGUUGUGUAUUGUCACUCAAGUUUGCUUACUGUGGUAAAUGGUUUGUGAGUACUGGGAAGGAUAACCUUCUUAAUGCAUGGAGAACUCCUUACGGAGCCAGUAUCUUCCAGUCAAAAGAAUCUUCUUCAGUGCUUAGUUGUGACAUCUCUGUGGAUGAUAAGUACAUAGUCACUGGCUCUGGAGACAAAAAAGCUACAGUCUAUGAAGUUAUCUACUGAAAAAUAUGAUGGGGAUAUAACUUUUAGAAGUUGAACUGGCCCAAAUUGUUCUUAAUUGUGGAAGUAGAAGGGGUUUGACUUUUAUAAGGAACAAAAGUGUUGAGGUUCCAGACCUUGCCAUGAAACUACUCCAAUUUUUCAAAAUAGAAGACAACAUCCAGCAACUAAGUUCUGGCUACAUGGACCAGACGGAACACAGAGGCAAGAUGGACAGAUUUAGCCUAGGUUUUUGACAUAGUUUUUAAAAGCCAAGUCUACUGAAGAAUGUUGCAGCCUUUUAUUUUUUCAUUUAUGACCUUGUGCAAAUUUUUUUCAUUGCCUGAAUAUGGGGGAUAAAUACCUUUCUGUUCCUUGCAGUUCAAGUUGCAUUCUGUCCUGUGUAGAGCAACAGUGUCUCAGAUAAACUUGUUUCAUGGUUUUGCAUCUUGUGAUAUGUUUUUAUAUUUUUGUUGAAGGUCAAACAUUUGUAUAAAUUGUAAAUAUAUUUAGUUUACUACAGUAAAGGUUUUAGUAUCAACAACCAGUCUUCCCCCUUGCCCCCUCCCUGCCUGCCCCGCUUAUUUAAAAUUAAAAACCUUUUGGGGAUAUAAAUACCUUUUUAGAAUCAAAAGCAAACACUAUGUAUAGUUUGAAAAUGGUGUCUUAUUCUUUAUAACUAUUCCUAGAUUCCUUUAACAUACUUCAAAGUAGUUGUUUUGACAUACUAGGGUGUCAAGUCUGGUAGAUACUGUCUUGUGCUACAGAAAACUUAAAAGGCAGUUUUGUACUAAUUAUAGUGUAAAUAUAAAAAUUGAACAUUUCAUAAAGCUUUGCUGUUAUUUUAAGUUUAUUCUGAUGUCCUAUGUAUAAUUUUUUUGGCAGAAACAGUAAUAUGUGCCUGAUCAUAACUCAAUUCAUUCAUUUCUCUAGAAAAAGAGGGACUUCCCUCUCCUUUUUCCCCCAGUUGAACAGAAUUCGUGUGAGACUGCAGUUCAGCUAAGUGCAUCAGAGCCUUUAUUUAUUAACUGAGGAUGUCUGUGAUGAGAAAAGCUAGAUAGGUUACAUCCUUCAUAUUUUACAGAGAAGUGGUAGUUAAUGACCAUUUCCUUUUUAAAGUCUUGUCUAUACUUAGAUACUCAGGUAAAUUUAACUAAAUUACCAAAAGUGUGAGUUUUACAGGGGAUCACUUAAAGAUGUUAAAUACUUGCAGGGCUGCAAAUGAAGUUAAUUAAUCUAAACUAAGUUAAAUUUGCCUCUUAAUUUCUUGUGAGAAUAUUGACAAAGGAAUAUUUUGAUUUUUAACUAGUUCACUCUACAAAUUAAUUAGAAUUAAUUUUCCUGAGUGUCCAAUGUUAUACAGGCCUAUAGGCUCUAUGUAUUCAUAAGGAGAAACCUUUGAGUCCUUUCCUCUGUGGCAUGAGUGUGAUACAUCUGUGAAGAGCCAUGCUAAGCAUUCAGUUACCAAAGCUAUGCAUCUUCAAGUUUUCUUGAUGUACUCAAGAGCAGUGGAUCAGGGGAGAGCAUGUUAAUUUUAUUCUGUGUUUUUUCAGAUAAAUGAGUUCAACCACUGUGUGCUAGACAAACCUAGCUAUUGCUCCAGUGAGGGCCAUACAUUUCCUGCAUUCUGUAAUUUAAUUAGAAUUUCUGUUGCUAAUGGAGAAUACAGAUAACCAGAACAAUUCAGAUUACACAAACUGCCAGACAGUUUAAGACUCAUCUGUAAAGAACUUCUUUCUCAUUUUGCUAGCAUUUUACAAUGACCUAUAUCCCUGCUCUUUCAAAGACAGGCAUCUAGGAAGAAACAAGUUUGACUGACAGAUGCAUUGACUAGAUAAGGAAUUUCUCAUCUGGGGGCAAAAUUUAUCUUAGUUUCCAGUCUGAAGAGACACUGGGUUUUUUUUCAAUUUACAUGACUGUUCUACUGAAACUGUUUUAUAGCAUCUAGAAUUGUAAUAGCCUUAAUGUAUUAACUUUGCAUUUGGAAUGUAAAAUGUUAACCAUUCAGGAUAAUCUGGUCUCCUAGACAUUUAAAAUUAGUGUUCUAUCCAUAUGUAUCUAUAUCCUUGUCAAUUGCUGUGUUGUCAAUAUGUGUCUGUAUGAAAAUGACAGACCAGCUUAGGUGCUGGCCAUGUUGCUUUCACACAAAAAGCAGAAUCAUCAGGCUUUUCAGAGAAUUAAUUUUCAGAGAAUUUGCCACAUUGAAAUACUGUGAAGUGCUGUGUCAUUUUUAAAAGGGAAAAUUUUUAAAAAGAGUGUUUACUAGAUUUUACUUGAUUUUUACACUUUUCAUAUUGAAGUUUCUCUGAACAUCUGAUUCUGCCAAUGAUCAUUGACUUUAGCAGUACCGGCAAAUUUGCUGUAGUUAGGAACAUUUGGAUUUUUUCCAAAUUGCUGUCACCUUGGCUUUUACUUUAUGGGUCUUCUCUUGCCGUUCUCUGAAGCUGAUAUUAGAGGAACCAAGAAUGCAAGUGUUCUAACACAUCCAUGUAAACUAAAGAAAAAUAACACCAGUAUAAUGGAUGUGCUAUAUGUUACAACAUAGUGCUUGCUAGUAAGACCACGUUCUUGGCAAUCAGGAGGAUUAAAAUAAUAGUAUUAGGAAAAUCAUAAAAUACCUCGUCUUCUUCACUUUUAGAAUGCACAUUGUGUCAGAGCAGUUAUGGAAUUGGACGUUAUUUUUGCCUGUGAAUGAAUUUAAUCAUAUUUGUACCAUAUGUUUCUUGAUUGUAAUUAAGAAAUUAAUUCCUUUUUCCCCCAUCAGAUUUACUUUAAACCUUGAGUCUAAAAACUUGCACAUGCAUCAUAAAGUAGUUCUCUCAAUUUGUUUUUUCAGAUUUCACUUUAGGUUUAUGAAACAUUGUGGGUUUUUUCAUUUGUUAGGCAGUAAAGCCUAUUCCACCUGCAGAUGUAAUUUUUAAUGAAAAGAUAGAUUCAGUGAAAUCUUGGCAUCUGUCUACACAACAACCUACAAGAUUUGAAACAUGUCAAGCUUUUAGCUUCUGAAAGUUCUUAUAGCCCUGUGUAAAGUAGUGGGUGGAAAUAAUUGCAUAUUGAAUGAGGAAACAUGAACUAAGAUAAGCAGUGACAGCAAAGGCACUGGAAAGGCCACAUGGAAAAAAGAAGUACACCAGUAACUAUGGUGUAGGUAAUUAAUAUUUUUUUGGUCAUUUUAUUUACAGUCAUAAUAGAUUCCUUUGGUUAGCCCCUUUUUGGGACAGUCUUUGUUUGCUGAGUGGCCCUCAGUAUUCAGAGAUGUCUAAAUGCUACUCUGGCAAAUGCUAGUGCUGGAUAGAAGUAGGGAGUCCUUACAAAAGACAUUUUGGAUGUCAGUGCAAACAGCAACUGAUGAAGAGGGGAUUUGUGGUAAUAUCAAUUCAACUGAACAAAAUCCUUAGUCAGCUCUAAUAUGUACAUUUUGUAUAUGUGCACCAGUCAUAACCCUUUAUAGAUCAGUUGUGCAGAAAGUCAUGAUAUUAUUCCACACAGUGCAUUUAUCAGUGUGUAAGACUAUCUCUUUUUGAUUAUAAUUCCAAACAAUGAUAGCUCCCCAUGUUAAUCCACAAGCCUCUGGUAGCGAGAGAGAAUUUUCAUCAGCAUUAGUUCUUUUUAUCUCAUUUGGCAUUUCAAAAGCUUUUGUUCCUUUAAAGGUAUAAAAUAUUAAUUUCUUAGACUGUUAACAGUAGUGUUAUUUUUUAAUGUAAACAUCAAUACAGAGUAUGUCUUAUACAUGUUUACAUAUGUCUUAUACGUGUUAGACAUCUAGUCUUAUACAUGGUUUUAUUUAUGAACGAUUGACCAUAAUUUUUCUGUCACACUUCUGUGACACAAGUGAUACAAGUAAAAUUUUCUGAAGU